AUGUGGCGUUGGCUAUCAAGAUUUUCCGGGGACCGAGGUCCACCGGAGGAUCAGCAACGCUCCCGCACUUUGCCCCGCCAUGCCUCUGAGUCCCCUUCACCCAACUCUUGGCGUGAUGGUCCCGAUCGCCAAAGGAAGGCUAACACCAUGGACAAUGCUCACGAGGAGGACGGAGCCGUUAACAGCACAACAACCCCGCAGAAACGCAGUCGUUUUGCAUUUCUUAGACCCCGCCGCGGAAGAACUCUAUCCUUUUCGCGAAAUGCCAGCAAGCCGAGGGAGGGGAAGAAGAGCUUGGAUGGGUUCGCUUCCCCUAUCACCUCGACUCACUCCUCCCCUGCCCGUCAGGUCUCCGGACAGAAAUCCCAGAUUAGUGAGCGGCCGGUUAAGCAUGACCUUCCUCCAGUUGAUUCAUCUCAGCCCUCAUCCAGUGCGAGUACGCUCUCGGACAAGGAUAUAACACCGACCACGGAAGAGCCUAGAGCUUUUAAAACGCUCGAGAAGAAGAGUGCCGACGGCCCCAGACUCCCUUCUGAGGAGGAAGAAUCAAAGCGAAACCCACCCACCAGUAAAAAACGUGCCAAAAGGCCCCACAGCCCAGCUUCUCCUCCCCCGCAGUCUCCGUCCUCUUCGUCGGGCAGACCAAGCAGGAGGGAUGCCAAGAGCAGGACCCUCACCAAGCCUUCUUUUCUCCAUUUUACCAAACAAUCUCCCGUCUGUGAUCCCUUAACGUAUAAGAUCAUUACGCAUCUUGAGGAACGUUCGGCACAGUUGAACAGUUUUGGAGCAUUCUGUUACAACUCAAGUUCUAAAGUAAAGAGUUUCACGCCACUGUAUGCACCACUGCGAGGAAUGAAUCGUGGCUCAGCCGAGGCGGCAGAUCAAAGGCCACCCUUCCUGCUUUAUGCUAAAAGAGUGUUCUGUAUGCUGGUCUAA